UUUGGGCUGACGUCCCCGCCCACUUGUGGCAUGUCAACAGACAGGUGGCCAUAGUCGUGGAGGAGUCGGGUCAACACCAGAAAGAAAUUAAAAGGAAAAAGGAAGUCAAAACGAGGUGAUGCCUGAGCUGACGUUGUCUGCGGCUGUGCAACUAGUGCUCCUGCUGUCGGCCUUCCCGGCUCAGUACCUUAUCCACAAAUGGAGCGGCAACACGGCAGAGCAGCGUCUCCACGCGUCAGCACAGUUGGUUGAGGCGUGGAAAGAGUGGAGCAGUUCUUACUUCAGCGUUUCUGCGUGGAGCGAGUGGACCCAGCAGCAGCUUUCCAAAGUCCUGUGGGUGCUCGGUAUGAAUACGGAUAAGGAUGACACAUUGCUCACUAUGGAAAUCAUGAUGAUUGACAACGAUCAGGGAUUCUUUGGAGGUUUGCGCCCAUCAAGUGCAUCUAAGGCGGUGCGCAGUCCGCGGCCGCCUUACGUCUUCCUGAGGGUGGGCGAGGUCGUGAUGGACCGCAAGGGCCACCGGAUCGGCGUGGUAGUGAGCUGGGACAGCGAGAUGCGGGCCCCCGCCGAGUGGGUGUAUAAGAUGUACAGCAACAGAAAGCAGGGUGUCGCAGCCGAGAGGACUCCCCAUUACAAAGUUCUGUUCAGUGGGUUCGGACCUAACCAUGUAAUCGUGGGCUACCUGCCUCAGACUCAUCUCAAGCGUGUCACUGGAAAAAAACCUAACAUUCCCAGCUUGGACCACUACUUCAGUCAUUUUGACGGCGAACGCUUCGUGCCGCAAACGUGGCUGAAAGAGAUUUUCCCGGAGGACGACAUUGACAAUGCCUGAAUGUCGUGGCUCACGAGACGAAAACGAUGUUGAUCGUGGUGAUUUCACCAAGGGCUCAUUUGAAUGGAUGGUGCCACACAGUACCGUGUACAAGUCUUAGCCACAAUUGCCAAUGUAAACAAACAGCAGCCAUUUUCCAGUGUGCCAUCCAAAGUGUUUUAAGUCAAAUUUUAACAAUUGUUAUGACCUAUGUGGUUGAGUCGGGUUAACUUGCUUCAUGCGUUCAUGAAUAAGUUGACCACUGUUGAUAUUACCAAACAAUACUCAUCGGUCAAAAUGGGCUGUUUAAACGUGAAAGAUUAACAAUGUAACUUCCUUGUUAGAAAUGUAAUUUCUUUCUAAUUUAAAGACAUUUAAAAUGGCUUUUAAUUUUUGUUCUCGUUUUUCAAAGGCGUCAAUUUGACCCAACACAUUCAGGAGGGUUGAUAGCCCAUUUUUAUGCUGCUCUUUUAGUGUUGCGAGAAAAAAAAAAGACACGAAGAAAAAGCAUCCCUGCGAUGGGAGUUAAUCCAGUUAAUCCUUGCAAAAUUGAGGUCGAUUUUUUUUUCUAAUUUCCAAUUCCGAACUGUACCACUUCAUGGUGAUUUUGACUUCCAUCGUAAUUUGACACAUACAAGUCCAUCAAUUAUGGCUCUGUGAUAUUUACUUUUAAUGGCAGCUUUACCACCGUCUUAGAAGCUGCUGACAAUAGCAUCAUCUCUAAAUGAUGUCGCUUGACUUUUGCACAGUGCUGUACACGCACGGCUUUGAAUGUAUAAUUAUGAAUGUAUGGGUUCAACUAAAUGACAAUACAGGGAAACCCUGUUUAUCGUAAGGGAUAUGUUUCGGGCUCCCCCGCCCUCGACCUUUAUCGAGGGGUGCCUUGAGAACACUCAAAUCUCAAAUCAUCUUUCCCCACUGAAAUGAAAUGAAUGCCAUUCAUUUCUGUUCGGCUGUUAUGGGCUUCCCAAAAAUACCCAAGAGAAAAAAUAUAUAUUUUUUUUUUGCAGUGUAUUUUUAAUGAGGAAAACUGCACUCUGUAAUAUUGUUCUACAAAAACAUUGUAACAAAAUAAUUAAACAGAAUGUAAAAAAAU